AUGAAGACCGAAUUUGACAAAAUCGCGGAAGAGGCUGGGAAUGCUGAGCUCGAGGCUUGGGCUGCUAAAGUAAAGGCCGCGAACGAAGAGAUUGUCACUUUUGUAGGUCAGAAGCUGAGGGCCAAUGUUCCGGGAGAAUUCGUCCGAUAUCUUCAAGGUUCAUACAAUGUCAAUCUUGUCAUAAGAUUCGGCGAAGAAGACGUCGUCAUCAUUCGUUUCCCGAAGCGAGGAAUAACUGCUGCCAAGUUUCUCGAGGAAAAGCUUAGUCCAUAUAUCAUCAUGGAUUAUAUUGAGGGCACAGAGCUGUCAGAACUCUUGCAGCAGCUUCAAGACGAUCACAAAGAAGCAGAAGUCGAUCUUGUAUAUGAGCAGAUAGCCGACUACAUGCUCCAGAUUUCGCGACUGCACUUUUCGGCAAUUGGACCUAUCAAUAAGGAUACAUCGGGUGCAUGGACGGUGACUGACCGUCCUCUCAGCACAAACAUGAACAACCUAGCUUCUGUCGUUACAGACUAUCCGGCAGAUCAGUUUCCUGAAGCCGCGUUCACCAGCACCCAAGCCUUCCUUCAUUACCGUGCAGACGAGAAUUUGGUCCAUCUCCAAGUCCAGCGGAACCUUGCACACAGUCCUCAGGAUGCGGAAAAAUGCUUCAUCGCACGCCACAAGUUCAAACAGCUGAUCGAGCGAUUUUCCCCUCCAUCGGAAGCUGACAACGGCCCUUUCAUACCGUAUUGCCAUGACUUUCGUCCCAAGAACAUGCUCGCUAGCUACGAGGGUGGAUCGUUGAAGAUCGUAGCGGUUCUGGAUUUUGAAUUCGUCAACACCAUGCCCGCUCAAUUCGCUUACGACCCACCAUGGUGGCUCGCCAUGGUCAGUCCUGGCCUUAUGCUUGAGAAUUUCACCAUGGAGGACUUCGAAGAGUUAUACGUACCACGCUUAGAACAAUUCCUCCGAGCCAUGGGGAAGGCUGAGGAGAAGAAAAAUGCAAGUCAUGGGAGAGAGGCAUUCUCUCUGGCUAGUCGUAUGCGAGACUCAUGGCAGUCGAAGAGGUUUUGGUUCCACUAUGGAAUCAGGAAGGGCUGGAGUGUUGACGUGGUAUAUUGGAGCGCACUUCAUGUACCUGGAGACGAGAAGCUUAAGGAGGACUUGGAUCAGGAGAUGAGCUCGAUUGUUAAAAAGAAGAUGGAGCAAUUGGCGGCGUACGAAGCCGAGUGUGAGGCGCGCGGAAUGCUGUCAAGCAAUUGA